AUGAACUCUGAUUCAUUUUCUCAAGAAACACAUGAACAAGCGGCAGCAUUUGACCAUAUUGCCGAACAAUAUGAGGUAGUAUUUGGCUUGAAUAAAAAUCAUAUGGCUGCUGUGAGUUGGCUGCUCGAACGUCUGCCACCGAACUCGCAUAUCUUAGAUAUAGGUUCAGGUACAGGGGUGCCCACUGCACGACUCUUAUUUGAUGCUGGACAUAAGGUGACUGGUAUUGAUAUCUCAUCAGAAAUGGUGCGAAUCGCCAAAUACAAUGUACCAACAGCGACCUUCCUCCAGGCAGAUGCUGCCAAUGUUACAUUUCCUCCUGCAUCAUUUUAUGCGAUUACAGCUUUUUUCUCGCUUCUAAUGCUACGACGCGACUGCAUCGAAUCAACCCUUCAGAAACUUAAGACUAUGUUACAACCACCUAGCUAUUUUAUAUUGUCAAUGGUCGAAGGUGAUUUCGAUUAUAAGAAAAUUCCAUUUCUCAGUCAAUCGUUACAUGUCUCUGCAUAUCCACGUGAUGUCAUAGCUCGUCAACUUGAAAAUCUUUCAUUUACCAUAUUUGAUAGUCAUGCUGUACAAUCCCAAGCGAAUGAGCAUACACCAACUGAGACGCAGCUGUUCUUUUUCUGCCAAUAUCAGAAGUGA